AUGAAAAAAUCGUCCAGUACUGUACAAGAAUCGGAGAAAUCCACUUCAGCAGCCACAGCCACCACCACCACCGCUGAAUCGUCGUCCGCGCCAUUGAAUACAGAUAGUUUAGGUAAAGCAGCUGCAUGUGCAUUAGCUGCUGCCGCAAUUAAAGCACGUCAUUUAGCUAAUGUUGAAGAGAAACGUAUAAAAGGUUUAGUUGCACAAUUAGUUGAAACACAAUUGAAAAAAUUAGAUAUUAAAUUGAAACAAAUUCAAGAAUUAGAAAGUAUCAUGGAACGUGAAUAUGAAAUGAUUGAACAAAUGCGUCAACAAUUAUUACAAGAACGUCAAGCAUUUCAUAUGGAAGUGAUUAAAACAAUGGAGAAUCGUGCAAGAGCUUUAAUGCAUCAUCAUCAACAACAACAACAGCAGCAACAACCGCCACAACCACCACCACAACAACAAACGAAUGUCGUCUUAUCACAACAGCAACCGCCAGUGCAUUUGCCUCCACAACAACUUCCACCACAACCUCCCCAACCGGUACCACAGCAACAACAACAACCACCUCCUACCUAUCCUAGUAAUCAAGGUGGUUCAUGUCCAGUUGUAGUGAAUCCAAUCCUACAUCCAAAUCCUUCCAUACAACCAGGAUCACAUGUGAGUAGUAGUAGUAGUAGUUAUCCAACACAAACUCUACCAUCGAUCGUGAAUGAUUCAAGACCGAUUUUAAAUUCUGCACCGACAAAUUUGACUGUUUAUCCACCGGCAAAUUAUGCAACCAUAACAACAACAACAAACAUGCCAUCUGCUCUACCCUCUCCAAAUCAACAAUUAUCAUCCGCUUGUGGACAUAUUUCACCGACACCUACUCAACUUAUUCAACAUCAUCCACGUGAUGAGUGUCAUGCACAAACACCGAUUAUAACGACCGCCCCGAUGACACCAGCAGCAGCAACACCAACAAUAAUUACACAUCCAACGUCUACACCACCACAAACUGAGCCUGCUACUACGGAGUCAUGGUCCGAAUCAUCUGUCUAUCCAAUGACAUCAGAACCGCAUACUGUUCGUCAACUUCUUAUUGAACCGCCGCCAUCCAAUCACAAUGAUACAUCAUUGGCACCGAAUAUCACUGUCAGCAUGUCACAACAUCCGAUCACUGGUUCCGAUUCAUCUUUAGAAGGAAUUAAUAGUAGUAGUAGUGUAAAAACGAGUCAACAACCUGUGGAUUCUUCAAUCAGUAAUGAAGAAAACGAACAAGUGACUGACGCAUCCAAACAACAUCAUCCUGUAUCGUCAUGUUCAAUUGAUGAAGAAAUGAAUGCUUGUACUGUGGCAAGCUUAUUAUCAGAUGAUAAUAGUAAUAACGAUCAUACUACUACUAAUAAUAAUAACAGUAACGCAACUAUGGAUGCUCCCGUCUCAUCAUCGGUUUCUAGUCCAUCAAUGAAUAUGGACACCACCACCACCACCACUAAUAAUCCUCCGGAAUUGUCUUGUUCAAAUGAGGAAAGUAUUCACUAG